AUUCGUACGCGCAUCACGUACGCUUUUAAGGUACGGAUCACACGGUGAACGGAAACAAAGUUUUUCUGCCGUAAAUAUGAAACAUUUGCCCACAGAAAGUGAAUUAAUUUGAGCCAACGAAUAUAUCGAGUGCAAAAGUGAAGUGAGGCGGGCAACAAAAUGGACGUCAAAGAUAUAAAGGGCGCCAAAGUGACGCAUGCUGGCCUUUUGAAACAUAACGCCGAUGGCAGCACCGAAACCCAAAAGAUAACACAUGCCGGUUUGGUGGCACGCAGUCCCGAAGGCACGGCCGCCAAGGGCAUGAACAUACGCGGCAACGAGGACCUCUGGGUCGAGAUACAGGCGAACACAUUUCGCAAUUGGGUCAACGAGCAUUUGCGGGAGACGGGCAUGCAGGUGCAUGACUGGGCCACCGAUUUCUGCGAUGGCACCUGCCUAUGUGCAUUGGUUGAGAACCUGCAGACGAGACCCUUGAAACCUUCUUGGAAUCGUCGUCCCGCUAAUCAGCACCACUAUCUGGAGAAUGCCACCACCGCCUUGAAGUCCAUAGAGGCUGACCACAUCAAGCUGGUUAAUAUAGGAAACGUGGACAUUGUCAAUGGCAAUGUGAAACUUAUUUUGGGUCUGAUCUGGUCCCUGAUUGUACGCUACCAGAUUGGCCGCAGCAAGUUCCCGCCGCGAAAACUGAUGUUGGCCUGGUUGCAGGCUGCCUUGCCCGACUGCAAGAUCACCAACCUGACCACCGACUGGAACAGCGGUGUGAAUCUAGCCGCCUUGUUAGACUAUUGCCAGCCGGGUCUAUUCCCCCACUGGCGCAGCCUCGAUCCUAGUCAGAGCGUGCGCAACUGCACGAACGCAAUGAAUCUAGCGCAGCGGGAGUUCGGUGUUCCAAAGGUACUGGAGCCAGAGUAUCUGGCGUCGCCAUGGUUGGACGAGCUAUCCGGCAUGACGUAUCUAUCGUACUUCAUGAAACCAGGUGGUCCUGGGUAUAACGCUACACUUCGCUGGGUCAAUACGCAGGUGAAGGAGUCUGUAAAGAAUUUCACGAGCGACUGGAACGAUGGUCGCGUAUUUUGUGAAAUAAUUAAAGGAUUGGGUGGCUCGGCGCCAGCACCGGAAAAACUCAGCACCGAUCCCUUCCACUAUGAAAACAACAUACGCAAGGCCGUGGAUGCCGGAGCGAAGCUGGGUGUGCAGCCCAUACUCACGCCGAAGGACAUGGCCAAUCCGGAAGUGGAGCACUUGGGCAUCAUGGCCUAUGCCGCCCAUUUACAGUGGGUGCCACCGCGCCCUCCGCUCUCCGACCUGGUCAACGUAUAUAUGGAGAGCACAUCCGGCCGUGUUGGCGAACCGACCCAUUUCCGUAUUGAUGUGCUGUCACGCGACGUCAGCCUCAGCACCGUGCGAGCUUACGUUGUGCCUCCAUCCGGGCAACCCCAGCCGGUCCGAUUGAAUGCGCAAGGCGAGGGUGUUUUUGUGCCGGAGCGUUAUGGAAUGCACGAGAUUGUGGUCGAGAUUGGUGACGAUAGUUUGGGUGGACACUUUUUCCGUGUGCUGCCACGCUUGCUUCAGGUAGCACCCCCCGGUAUGGCGCCUUGUGCAUUAGGCAGCCUGGUCGAGGUUCUGGUGAAUGCAACGGGAGCGCCCAAAACGGAGGACAUACUUGUCACUGCGGUCUCACCCACGGGCAUCUCCCACAAUUGUCCACUGAAGAAGAUCGACGAGGGACACAGUGCCAUAUUCAAGCCAGACGAGGCGGGCAUUUGGGAGAUCGCAAUUACGUAUCAGGGUCGGCACAUUCAGGGUGGUCCCUUCACUUGUGCCGUCUUUGAUGCAUCAGGCGUGUCGGUGCACGGUCUAGAUGGUGCCAUGCCGCUGCGCGCUCAUACCUUUGAGGUAGAUGCUCGUGGCGUGGGCGUAUCGGGCGAGUUGCAUGUGGAUAUCGUGCACGAUAAGCACUCGCUCGUGUGCUCCGUGGAGAAGAUAGUGGACAACAAGUAUCGUGUGACUUUCAUGCCCCGCCAAAAUGGCAAGUACCGGGUCUAUGUCUACUUUAAUGGCUAUGAUGUAAAGGGUUCGCCUUUUAUCAUGCGUGUGGGCAACGGGUCCAAGGGACGUUCUGGAAAAACGCGCAGCAGUCCGCUGCAUGAUAGUAAGCAUCGCGCAGAGAGUCCUUCGAUGCACUUCACCUCAACGACGAAUAUGCGGCACAAUGACUACCGCAACACAUCUUCUCUGUCACGAAGAGAUCUGCACAACACCGCGGAGCGGACGAGCAGCUACUCGCCGCAAUAUUCGCCAAAACUGGAUGCCACAGACUACCAUAGCAGCUCCAGGUACUACAAGCGAGAGAGCGAGGAUAAAUUGUCCGCUGCCUCGCCCCCACCACCGCCGGUUCCGCCGGCCUCGAGCAGCUCGCCCACUAUAAAGUAUAUCAACUCAGCCGAUCUGUACACUGUCACCGGCCGGCGAGACUCUAAGACAUCGAACAGCUCCUCCACGAAAAAUGAUUACUACUACGACAAGGAGAACGAGCUGUACAGCCAAAGGCGCGGCGAUCGCGACCUAAAGCUAACACCGUCGCGUCAGGAUCGGGAGUACAGCUAUGAGCAGAGACAGCAACAACGUCAGCAAACUGUGACCGCGCGCAACACCUCCACUCUGACCGGUUCGCUCAGUCCAAUACCUAGUCCCACACUGAAUACCCGAUCCAGUGAGGUGCGAACACAUAGUCCCCUGACCACCAAGACAUCGAAUCAAUAUGAGAGCUCUACGCGCAACAUUAACAGCAGUCCGCGACACGCCUCGGUAUCGCCCGUGCAACGUUAUUCCCCGAACAACGCCUAUAUAACCACAGCAACCCAUCGAAUGGGCAGUCCCGUCACCAACACCCUGACCAAAAACGGACUCUCGCGCUCCGACUACGAAACAACACGCACUGUGGAGAAAUCGUCGACCUACAAGUCCACUUCCAACUACGUCACUGACUCUAAUGUGCGCGCCAGUCCCUCUCUUUAUGGCACCGCCGAGCGUCUGCGGCGCAAUGGUUCCCCGGAGCCACGCAUUGAUCACUCUUCGAAUGUGCGGGUCUCGUCCAUCAAGCCGACAUCGGCGCGUCGCGACAGCUGGGACGUUAUUAACAAGACGAAGCACAUGCUUUCGCAUAACUCCCUUGAGUCGCUGGCCAACAUGACCGAAAGGCAAUUGAACACGGAGCUCAACUAUAGCCGACCCGAUAUCGACAACGAGACUCAACGCAACACGCAGUACAACAAAUUUGCACUGCAGCAGCAGCAGAAACAGAAUGCGGAUUAUCGACGAGACUCGCCGGAUGAAGUGGAUCGUUACAAACCCAGUGCCAUCACUGUUAAGUCACACUCGAACAAUACGUACACGGACAAGUCUGGCGGAUAUACGAAAACUGUAAAGGAAUCAAGCGAGCAUGUGGUUACGGAACGGAAUGGACAUAGUCCCGGCUUUGGAUAUAGUUCGCUCUCCCGAUUUCGUCCCAUAGACAAUAAUGCGACGGGUGCUAGAGCCAUACGUGUGCAGGAUAUUCCAAAUGGCUCGAUCGGACGACCUGUGGAAUUUGAAAUCGAUGGGUCAAAAGCUGGUUCUGGCAAUCUGGAAAUAUUGGUGAAUGGUGGUCGUGUCACAUCGUCCGUACGCUCCCUAGGUGGUCAAAGAUUUAUAGCGAGUUUUACGCCCCACGAACAUGGCACGCAUACGGUGCAGAUCACAUUCAAUGGAGAAACUGUGCCAGGUUCACCGUGGCACGCUGAAAUCAUGUCGUCACCCGGCCUAACCGCGCUCGGCGAAUCGACACGCCUUGUACCCGCCAAUACGCCGGCGGUUUUUGAGAUACUGCCGCCUCCUGGACAAAGCCUGAGCAAAGGCGAGUGCGUGGCAACAGUUUUGACCCCAAACAAGUCGAAGCUGAAUGCCAGAGUCACCCAUGAGGCGGCAAAUGGUGCUGCACGCAUUGAGUUCGUUCCCACGGAAGUGGGCACGCACAUCAUUGAUGCGUCCAUAAAUGGCACGAAGAUUGCUGGCGGCCCUUUGAUAGCAAAGGUCUACGACGCCAGCCUGAUACAGGUGACCGAGGUGAAUGGCGGAGUUGUCGGUCAACCGUGCCAAUUUCGAGUGGAUGCUAGUGCGGCUGGCGAGGGGCAGCUGGAGAUAUCGAUAAACGAGGGAGAGGUGCCCAAUCACGUGCAAGUGGUAGGCGGCGGACGCUGUUUGGUUUCCUUCACACCCGAACAGGCCAAGUCGCAUCUGAUAGAUAUCAAGUUUAAUGGCGAGACGGUGCGCGGCUGCCCCUUCGUCUGUGCUGUGGCCGACACAUCGCGCGUUAUGCUGAAUCUGACAAAUCUGGAGCUGAUACCGGUGAAUCGCCCCUCGUCCUUCCACAUAAGUGUUAGUGGCGGUGGCGCCGCCGAACUGGCCGUAAGCGUACGUGGCCCACAUGGAGAGCUGCCCGUACGCGUCACUGGAGACAUACACGCGGGCUUUACGGCUGAGUUCACGCCCACCAAUGUGGGUGGCCAUUCCAUCAACGUGGAGUAUAACGGCUUCCCGGUACAAGGCACGCCGUUUUUGGCCAAGUCCUACGAUGCUACGAAGGUGGUUGUUGGCAGCGUUUCGCGCGGCACAAUGGGUCGUCCCGUCCAGUUUACAGUGGAUGCGGGCGACGCCGGUGAAGGCAAUCUUGAGAUAACGAUUUCGGCCAAGGGUCAGAAUAUACCAACGCAGGUGCAUCCGCAGGGCAGUGCAAGGUUUUCCGUUUCUUUUGUGCCGACGGAGUCGUGCGAGCACACCAUCAACGUAUCCUUCAACAAAAUGCCCGUACCCGGUUGCCCGAUUACGGUCAGCAUCAGUGGUGGCGUGGCGGGGCCUCAGGUGUCGCUCGGCGGCCCUGGCCCAGUACAUCAGACCAACUCUUUUGUUAUCAAUCACACAGGCGGCCGCUUGGAAGAUAUUGAGGUCAAUGUUGAAGGACCCGCCGGCCAGUCAGUGCCAGCCCAAGUCCACCAGUCAGCGGAAGGCGUUUUCAAAGCCGAGUUCGUGCCGCGCGUCGUUGGCGAACAUCGCGUCAAUGUCACGGUCAAUGGUUUGGCCACGGCCGGCAGUCCAUAUGCGGCCAAGGUCUACGAUGUUGGUGCCAUUAAAGUAAAAAAUGUGAGCAGCGGCACUGUGGGCAAGCCGGUCACCUUCCUGGUCGAGACUUCUCAGGCAGGUCCCGGCAAUCUUGAGGUAACCGUCAAUGGUGGCCGCGUGCCCACCUCGGCACAAGCACAGGGACAACAUACCUACGCCAUCAGCUUCACGCCACGGGAGGCAGAGAGUCACACGGUCGAGCUGCGAUUCAACAGCCAGGAUGUGCCCGGUUCCCCCUUCACGUGUCGUGUGGCGGCAGCAGCCCGCAUUCAGUCACCGGAAACAAUGGACAAGGUCAGCGUAGGCAGACUGUUUGAGUUUGUUGUUGAGUCGGACACAAAGCCCACGGUCGAGGUGCUCGGCCCAGCCAGACGAAGUGUGCCCGUCAAAAUCGAUCCGUUGCCCACCGGGAUGAGCUACAAUGUAAAAUUCGAGCCUGUCGAAGUGGGCGAUCAUUCCGUCGAGGUGCGACUGCCGAGCGGCGGCCACGUUGAAGGUAGUCCUUUCCUAUUGAAGGCUUACUCAGCGGAGAAGGUCAUAGUCACGGACAUCCGACCGGGUGUGGUGAACAAAAGCGUUAGCUUUGGCAUCAAUGCAUCCCAGGCUGGCGCCGGUAAUCUAGAGAUUAUCGUCGCCGUCAAUGGCAAGAAUGUGCCCAACUUUGUCCAGUCCGAGGGCAAUGCUCGCUUCAAAGUCAACUUCAAGCCCACAGAAGCAGCCUCGCACUCGCUAUCGGUGCGCUUCAAUGGCCAUCCGGUACCAGGAUCCCCUUUCAGUUGCCACAUUGCAGCCGCAUCCGUUAAUCUGCCACGAGCUAUGGCCCUAGGAGAGGCACUGAAGCAGGCCGCAGUUAAGGUGGACAACACAUUCGAGUUGGAGGGCUUUGAGGGUGUGGAACCGCAAAUAUUUGUAACAUCGCCUUCCGGCGACAACGAACACUGUCAACUGAGUCAGCAUGAUGCUGGCAGCUAUAGCGCCUCCUUCAGACCCACAACGGUGGGACGUCAUCUGAUCAGCAUUACUGCCAAUGAUCAGCACAUUAAUGGAUCGCCUUUUUCUUGUAACGUCUUCGAUGUGUCACGCGUUAGUAUCAGUGGCUUGGACCAGCAGUACGGUCCGGCCAUUUUGGGAAUGCCUGUGACAUUUAGUGUGGAUGCGGCUGGCGCCGGGGAAGGCACGCUAGAACUGGUAGUCUCGACAGACACAAGCACAGUGAAGGCAGAAGUGGUAGCCUGUGCCCGUGGCCUCUACGAUGUCACUUUUGUGCCCCAGACCACAGAGCCGCAUUAUGUCAAUAUAACCUUCAACGAGGUGUCCGUCGACGGCAGUCCGUUCCGCGUAGAUAUACAGCAGAACACCCAACACAUCCAGAUCGGUAGCUUGGCGGCAAUCGACUUUCCCUCGGAUGAUCAGAUUGUGGAGAUCAUGGGACCAGAUCAAAAGUCCGUGCCUUACACCAUCAACCGGCAGACUGCAGAGUUCCGCAUGCAUAUGACCGGUAACUACACAGUACGUUUCAUUGAUCGCGAAACGCGUCAACAUAUUGGCUCCCGUACCCUCGCCGUUUUCGACCCCACGCUCGUUAAGAUCACCGAAGUCGGUGAGGCUUUAUGCCAUCGACCUGCCACCAUUGCAGUAUCACUUAACGAAGCUGGACAAGGAGAUUUGGCGGCUUUGGUACGCUGUGGAGCCACCGAAGUGCCACACACCAUUCGCGGUCCUAGCAAAACCGGCAUCUACGAGAUCAUUUACCAACCAACCCGUGUCGCGCCGCACAAGAUCACCAUCCUGUUCAACGAUGUACCCAUAUCGCUUAAGCCGCUCGAGAUUAAUGUUCACCCAGCCAGUGCCGGCAAGGAGAUAAGCGUCAGCGGAUUAGGGCUGUACCAGGCCCGAGUGGGGAAAACCACUUCGUUCGCUAUAGACACUGUGAAGCGACCGGCUCGAGAGUUUGACGUUGUGGUCUCGGGUCCAGGUGGCCAGGCACUGCCAGUGCGCUGUUAUCAAACUAAGAAUGGUACCUUACAAGCUGAGUUUACCAUAAACAAGCCGGGUCAAUGUAUAAUAGAGGUACUCCAUCAGUCGAAGCCACUACCUGGCAGUCCGUUCAUCUGUGAAGCCUUCGACAGCAGCAAGGUUAGUGUUCAUGGUGUAAGUAAAGCACCACUGGCCUUGCACAGUACGAACUGCUUUACUGUACGCACAGAUAACGCCGGCAUAGCAGAGCUAGAUGCCUUCGCCAUUUCACCGACAAACCAAAAUGUGCCUGUGCUAAUUAGCGAACAGUCGGAGGGCAUAUACAACGUUGAGUUUGUGCCCUCACAGCCGGGCAAUUACAAGUUGACGCUAAUGUACGGCGGCGAAACAAUUUCGAGCUCCCCGCUCACCUUCACAGCCUCCUCAAGUGGUAUGCGUAAUGACGCACGAGCAUCUGGCUGUGGGCUGGAAGUCUGCCAUCGCAACAAGGAGGCCUCCUUUGUGGUUUACUGUCCAGUUGCACCAAAUGUGCAAAUUGAACGACUUGAUGAGUUCGGCGAGCGCAUCGAACCUAAAAUUAAGGCUUUGGGCAACAACGAAUGGCGCAUUUCAUAUGUCAUCUUGUCGGUGGGCAGAUACGAGAUACGCGCUAGCUGUCCUAAUCGAGGCAGCUUGCCUGGUUCGCCAUGGCAUGUUUCGUGUGUGGAGUCGACAAAGGUGGUGCCUGUGGGCGGCUGGGGCACUCUGGUGGAUCACGAUGGUCGCCUCAUUUUGCCGGCGCGAAUUAUGUUUGAUGUGGAGAACGCUGGGCCGGGAAAACUUGUUUGCAGCAUUGACGGAAUCGAGAUCCCCGUGGAGACGCUGCCAGACAACAAAAUGUGCCUUAACAUUAGCGGCGAGAACUUGGCAGCCGGCGAGCACGAUCUGGACCUAAGCUGGAGUGGCCUCACCAUAACACAAUGCCCGCGUAGCGCCUUUGUCACAGGACAACUAGCUGCCGACAAGGUUGUGCUCAUGGGUCGUGGGCUGGCCGCUGCUCAGGCCGGCGAAGCAGCACACUUCACAAUUGAUGCAUCGAAUGCCCCUGCCGGCCGUCCGGAAGUCAUUCUUAUACACCAGGAUAGCACAGCAUUGCCCGUGAGCCUUGCACAGCCUCGGCCUAGCGAAAAUAUUUGGCUAGCCUCUUACACGCCACAAAAGUCCACGACAGGAACUCUGACACUUUCGGUGAAGUGGAACGGUCGCCUGGUGAAGGGCUGUCCCUUAACUGUGGCCGUGGGCUCAUCUAUGGACGCAUCAAAGGUGAUUUGCUCGGGCGAGGGUCUGCGCCAUGGCAUUGUGGGCAAGGACAUCAAAUCGUGGAUAGACACGCGGCGUGCCGGUCCAGGAGAACUAACCGCGCACUGUGCCGGCGUACGAAAAGUGGCUUACUGCGAGCUCUACGAUCAUGGCGAUGCCACCUUCACACUAAACAUAAAGCCUCAAGAACCGGGUCGGCAUUUGCUAACCAUUAAGUAUGGCGGUCAGAACGUGCCAGGCUCUCCCUUUGCGCUCAAAGUGGCGGGUGCGCCAGAUGCCAGCAAGGUGCGUGUUUACGGCCCUGGCAUUGAGCAUGGCGUGCUGGCAACUUUUCAGUCGCGCUUUAUCUGCGAUACACGCGGCGCAGGAGCUGGACAGCUGACGGUUCGAGUGCGCGGACCCAAAGGUGCCUUUCGGGUGGAGAUGCAACGGGAGAGCCAGAAAGAUCGUACAAUUCUUUGCAAGUAUGAUCCAACAGAACCUGGGGACUAUCGCGUCGAAGUCAAGUGGGCUGGGGAAUUCGUACCCGGUUCGCCGUUCCCCGUUAUGAUCUUCGACACUGAGGAGGAGUUACGAAGGUAUUUGCAGGGCAUAUGAGACCAGACCAACCAUCACAUCAUUAUACUACCAGGUGGCGUACAAGGCCCACUAAGAGGCCGACAACAUCGCGCACCUCCGCGCCGGGCAGUCUGUACGCCUCUUUAACAAACAAAUCCGGGCAAUGUUUGCCGCCGAAUCAGAAGUUAAACGAUAUAAUGCAAUAUUUACUAACAACGAAAAAUUAAUGGUAAGCCCGCUGACGUACAGCAACUACUUUAUACAAAAAGUGAGUGAUGUUUGUUUUAUUUUUACGAAAAUUUUGAAUAAACUUGUCCAUUAUCUAAAA